AUGUCGUCCCUGCCCAACGUCCACGUCUCCCAACAUCCCUCGCUGCGCGCCAAACUGAGCCAGCUGCGCUCCAGUUCCACCAAUUCGAAGCAAGUGAAUGCGCUCGUGAAUGACAUUUCGCUCAUCCUGGCUUGCGAAGCGCUCGCCAAGAACAUUACACCAGCGGAAGGACCAAAGGAUCAAACCCCCCUCGGCUUCGAGUACACCACCACCACGGCAGAGCCCCAAACAAUCUGCAUUGUGCCUAUCCUCCGAUCUGGUCUAGGCAUGGUAGAAGCCGUUCAAACGAUUCUCCCCACUCUCGUCCCCGUUCACCACCUAGGCAUGUAUCGUGAGCCGUCGACCCUCGAUCCCGUAGAGUACUAUAACAAUUUGCCGCACCACAUGCCUUCUACGGGGAACAGCAACGCCAGCAGUCUUGCCAUUCUUGUUGAUCCUGUUAUUGCUACGGGCGGUACCUGUGCGGCUGCGAUUCAGACGCUGAAAGAGUGGGGUGCGAAGAAAGUUCUCGUCAUGUCCAUUAUUGGCGCGGAAGAGGGUGUUAGGAAGGCAGCUGAGGAGUGGCCGGAGGGGACUGAGUUAUGGAUUGCGGGCGUGGAUGGGGAGCUGACCAGGGAUGGGAUGCUGAAGCCUGGGCUGGGUGACAUUGGCGAUAGGUUGUUUUUGACAAUUGGCAAGUAA